CUGCUUUGAAUUCCUAUCCUUGUCCCGAGGGUCUAUUGGAAACAACCUCUCUACCUCCCAAGGUCGGGGUAAGUACUGCGCACACUUUACCCUCCUCAGACCCCACUUUGUGGGAUUUCAUUGGGUAUGUUGUUGUUGUAGUGAGUUUUGUUUCUUCUUACAAUUAUUCUUUAACUUGGACACAUCAUUCUGCAACCAGUUGUACCUGAGUUGUUUUAACUCCGUUUUUAACACUUUGUUGAUCGAUCAAACCAACGUCGUAGAAAACCAACUACUAAUGUGCAGUAUUUAGCUUUCUUGGUCUAAGCUAGAUAAUUUUCUGCAUUAUUGUAUCUCUUAUCCGUGAAAGGAGCUGAGAUAUAUUUAGGCAAAACUCUAAUUUUGUGAUUUAUCUUGCUAAAAGAAUCAUGUUACCUGAGAUAAAGUGGAAAAGUUAGCUUUAGAGAUAGGUUGUUAAUUCAUAAAUGAAUUGAGAUGUGCUGUGGAAUUUCUCACAGUAUUGGUUGUUUUCUUGUGAGCGCUAUGAGCAAUAUAAUUCAAAUGAGUUACACUGCACCCAAGAGGUUUGAUAAUAUGUCUGAAAUAACUGAACACUUUCUGUUUUUUUUUUUUUUUUUUUUUUUUUCACGUGUCCUCCACCAUUUCAUCUUAUCUAAGUAAACAUAUUUACACAAAUUUGCUACACUACUAAGUACUUGCAAGUGGCAUAAUUGGCUGCCUGAUGAUUUAAGCCUUUGUCAAUGCUUUUUAGAACUUCUUAUCUACAACUUCCACAUUUAUAUAUCAAUAUUUCAAGUGCUUCCUUGUCUUCUUUCUUGAUAAGGAUGAUUUGGUGUCCUCUCCCAUUUAGCUAAGAUUCAAUAAUCUUCCGCAAAAACCUUACAGUUGAAAUUGAGUAUACAACUCAUAAAAUGACGUUGAAAUAUUAUUUGAUCGCACUUGAAUUGUUAAGUACAUUAUAACUCACUAUAGUUGACAUACCAAUUUAUCAGUAAGGAAGAGAAAAACAAAGAAGCUCAAAUUCAAUGAUGACAUAUAGUUUUGUUUUUUACUAUUGCUUAGGAUGCAAUUUUAUACUCAUUAGCAAAGGUAACAAAUUUAUAUAACAGUAUCUUCUAAAGAGCCCAUUGUUUCCACCAAUAUUGAUUCUCUCUCAUCCUUUCAGUUUCAGAUGAUCUUCAGGGCAUGAGAGUGUGAGCCAAUCGGAGAAUAGGCUAGAAAAGAACCGAUGGCGGGCAGUGGUGGAAACCCUAGUUCCAAUCAGUCAUCUGUGUCUCAUCAAGCUCCCAAAAUCCUAUUAGCCAAACCUGGACUUGUUAGCGCCGGUAAGUUCAACCGUGGUGGCCCUGGCGAUGAUUCUGCUGUUCACCGCCCACGUCUUCCCGCCGUUGGAUCUCUUAAUCUUCUCUCUGAGACCUGGGAUUUCCACACUGAUCGUUUUCUCCCGUUUCUAACGGAUAAUACGGAUUUUACGGUAGUGGGUGUGAUUGGUCCUCCAGGGGUUGGGAAGUCGACAAUAAUGAACGAAAUUUAUGGUUUUGAUGCUAGCUCACCUGGAAUUCUUCCUCCUUUUGCUAUAGAAACAGAAGAAACUAGGGAUAUGGCGAAACAUUGUACGAUUGGCAUUGAACCACGAGUUUCCUCUGAACGGAUUAUACUGCUUGAUACUCCGCCUGUUUUUAGCCCUUCGGUUUUGGCUGAAAUGAUUAGACCAGAUGGCUCAUCCACCAUACCCAUAAUAACCGGUGAAUCAUUAUCAGCUGAGCUAGUUCAUGAACUGAUGAGCAUCCAACUUGGUGUUCUUCUUGCAUCCAUUUGUCACAUUAUAUUGGUGGUGUCAGAGGGAGUCAAUGAAGCUAGCAUGUGGCAACUCAUGUCAACUGUUGAUUUGCUAAAGCAUGGUAUACCUGAUCCGUCCUCUCUAACCCUUUCUCAUCCUCAAAGCUCUGAGAAAGAAAACAGAGACAAAAUUCUAGACAGUGGAGAAGAGUACAUGGCUGAUCCAGUUUUUGUGCAUACAAAGCUACGCACUGAAGAUCUAGCACCAAGUAACCUUGUUCAACUGAAGAAGGCACUCACACAAUUCUUUUGCUCGUCAUCUUUUGUGACAUCAGAAAACCACAACACUGCCAAAGAGAGUCAAGUUUCUACUGUUCCUCUCAAUGUUCAUAGUGCUGAUCGAGAAUCUGAAUUUUUGAAAUUAUUUCUAGUGCCAUCUAGAAAUAAGGACGAUUCCUUGAAGCCACAGUAUGAAAGCCAUAUUUCAGCAUUAUGGAAUUUGCGGGAUCAGGUUUUGUCAAUGAGAGGUCCAUCUUUCUCAAGGACUGUGUCCGAGCGUGAUUGGCUGAAAAAUUCUGCCAAGAUAUGGGAAAUUAUUAGGAAUUCUCCCAUUAUUGUGGACUACUGCAGAACUCUUCAAAGUUCAGGCAUGUUUAGGAGGUAGAUUUGCUAAAGCAUGGCAUACCUGAUCCAUCGUCUUUAACCCUGUCUCAUCAUCAAAGCUCUGAGAGAGAAAACAGAGACAAAAUUCUACACAGUGGAGAAGAGUAAUGGCUGAUCCAGUUUUUGUGCAUACAAAGUGCGUUAACCUAAACCUUUGAUCUUGCUGUUAGCACUGAGUAGUUACUUAGUUGUGAUGAUGAAAGAGAUGGGCCGAGCAACUCAAACAUGCAUGUUUGUGCUAAAGUCAUCUUCAAAGUGCUUAGUUGAUUACAUUGUAGAAAUUGGUUACCGCUCGAGCUUUGAUUAAAAAGUCAGAAACACCUACAGGUUUCAACUAAAAAAAAAAGACUGAUUUAUCUCAUUGAAGAUAUUGUGACUACUCAUUUCCUUUUCCAGAUAGUUUGGCACUUUAUUACUUGGGAUAUUGAAAGUAGCGGGUUUUGGUUUAGCUGCAUUUUAUAAUUAUGACUAAUCGUGUUGUAGUAUUAUUCUCUUAGUUUCUUGUUCUUCACUUUUUGUUACUAUAUGUUGUUUCUUGUACUUCGGUUAGCGUAUCAACUUUUUA